CCGCCGUCGUCCCGGUCGCCGCCGGGUCCCGGGGACCCGGCUGUCCGCGCCCGUGCCCGGGGAGGAGCCGCUGCCAGCCGGGCACCAUGAACAGCAGCAGUGCCAGCAUCACCUACGCCAGUCGCAAGCGGCGGAAGCCGGUGCAGAAAACUGUCAAGCCAGUCCCAGCUGAAGGAAUCAAGUCGAAUCCUUCAAAGCGGCAUAGAGACCGACUUAAUACGGAAUUGGACCGUUUGGCCAGCCUGCUGCCUUUUCCACAAGAUGUUAUUAAUAAGCUGGACAAACUUUCAGUUCUUAGGCUCAGUGUCAGUUAUCUAAGAGCUAAGAGCUUCUUUGAUGUUGCAUUAAAGUCCACCCCAGCUGACAGAAAUGGAGUCCAGGACAACUGUAGAACAAAAUUCAGAGAAGGCCUGAACUUGCAGGAAGGAGAAUUCUUACUGCAGGCACUGAAUGGCUUUGUAUUGGUUGUCACUACAGAUGCUUUGGUCUUUUAUGCUUCUUCUACUAUACAAGAUUACCUGGGGUUUCAGCAGUCUGAUGUCAUCCAUCAGAGUGUGUAUGAACUGAUCCAUACUGAAGACCGAGCUGAAUUUCAGCGCCAGCUGCACUGGGCAUUAAACCCUUCACAGUGUCCAGACUCUGGACAAAAAAUUGAUGAAGCUAAUGGCCUCUCACAGCCAUCAGUGUAUUAUAACCCAGACCAGGUUCCUCCAGAGAACUCUUCGUCUAUGGAAAGGUGCUUUGUUUGCCGACUAAGGUGUCUGCUGGAUAAUUCAUCUGGUUUUCUGGCAAUGAAUUUCCAAGGGAGGUUGAAGUAUCUUCACGGACAGAACAAGAAAGGGAAAGAUGGAUCAAUACUUCCACCUCAGUUGGCUUUGUUUGCAAUAGCUACUCCACUGCAGCCACCAUCCAUACUUGAAAUCCGAACCAAAAAUUUCAUCUUUAGAACCAAACACAAGCUAGACUUCACACCUACUGGUUGUGAUGCCAAAGGAAGAAUUGUUUUAGGCUAUACUGAAGCAGAGCUAUGCAUGAGAGGAUCAGGAUAUCAAUUUAUUCAUGCUGCUGAUAUGCUUUAUUGUGCUGAGUACCAUAUCCGGAUGAUUAAGACUGGAGAGAGUGGCAUGAUAGUGUUCAGGCUUCUUACGAAAGACAAUCGAUGGACUUGGGUGCAGUCAAAUGCACGCUUAGUUUAUAAGAAUGGAAGACCAGAUUAUAUCAUUGCAACUCAGAGACCUCUAACAGAUGAAGAAGGAACAGAGCACUUACGAAAACGAAAUAUGAAGUUGCCUUUUAUGUUUACCACUGGAGAAGCUGUUUUAUAUGAGGUAACCAACCCUUUUCCUCCCAUAAUGGACCCCUUACCAAUAAGGACUAAAAAUGGUGCUGGUGGAAAAGAUUCUGCUACCAAAUCAACUCUAAAUAAGGAUUCCCUCCAUCCCAGUUCCCUCCUGAAUGCCAUGAUGCAACAAGAUGAAUCUAUUUAUCUCUAUCCGGCUUCAAGUAGUACACCUUUUGAAAGAAACUUUUUCAGUGACUCUCAGAAUGAGUGCAGUAAUUGGCAAAACAAUGUUGCACCAAUGGGAAGUGACAAUAUCCUGAAACAUGAGCAGAUUGGCCAGUCUCAGGAAAUGAACCCAACACUCUCUGGAGAUCACGCAGGGCUCUUUCCAGAUAAUAGAAAUAGUGACUUGUACAGCAUUAUGAAACACCUAGGCAUUGAUUUUGAAGAUAUCAAGCACAUGCAACAGAAUGAGGAAUUUUUCAGAACUGACUUUUCUGGUGAAGAUGACUUCAGAGAUAUUGACUUAACAGAUGAAAUUCUGACCUACGUGGAAGACUCUUUAAAUAAGUCUGCCUUUGGGUGUUCAGCUUACCAUCAGCAACAGUCCAUGGCUCUGAACCCAAGCUGCAUGCUACAGGAGCACCUCCAGUUAGAACAGCAAGAGCAGCUACAGCACCAUCAGAAGCACACAGCAGCAGAGCAGCAGCAACAGCUGUGUCAGAAAAUGAAGCAGAUGCAAGUUAAUGGCAUGUUUGCAAACUGGAACUCUAACCAGUCCGUGCCUUUUCAUUGUCCUCAGCAAGACUUACAGCAGUACAGCGUCUUUUCAGACUUACCUGGGACCAGUCAAGAGUUUCCCUACAAAUCUGACAUCGAUACUAUGCCUUACGCACAGAACUUUAUGCCCUGGAGUCAGUCUGUGUUGCCACCUCAUUCGAAGGGUACACAGUUAGACUUCCCCAUUGGGGAUUUUGAACCAGCCCCAUACCCUACAACUUCUUCUAAUUUAGAAGGUUUUGUCACAUGUUUACAAGUUCCUCAAAACCCAAAGCACGGACUCAAUCCACAGUCAGCCAUAGUAACUCCUCAGACAUGUUACACCGGGGCUGUGUCAAUGUACCAGUGCCAGCCGGAAGCUCAGCACAGCCAUGUGGCUCAGAUGCAGUACAACCCAACAAUGCCAGGCCCGCAGGCAUUUUUAAACAAGUUUCAGAACGGAGGAGUCUUAAAUGAAACCUAUCCAGCUGAAUUAAAUAGCAUAAAUAACACUCAGCCUACCGCCCAUCUUCACCCGUCAGAAGCCAGACCUUUCCCUGACUUGACAUCCAGUGGAUUCCUGUAAUUCCAAGCCCACUUUUCAUCUUGGUUUUUUGAUUCAAUUCGUUUGUGAAACAUCAUGACGGAGUAAUAAAACUGUCAUUGUUGGAUGUUAGCAAGUUCACGUGGAGGCAUUGAUGUAUGUAGUUCUCACUGUUAUUCCAAACCAAAUUUUAAUGAUUUUAUAAGAGGAGUUAAUUACAUACAUUACCAUCAUUAAAAUAGAAAGUAUGCUGCCACAGAGGAGUGAAAUAAUCUACAGUUUAUAGUAUUUUGAGAUACCACAGAAUAUACAAAACUUAUUCAGGGGGACAUUAUGACACUUUUAAAUAAGAAAAUUGUCUCUGUUGGAAUUAUUUCUGUCAGAAUAAAAUGAAAUACUUUGAGUUUUGAACUUCAGCAUUCUUAUUAGCGUACCAAAUAUGAACUAUUUCCGUUUCUUUGUAGCUUCUGCUUUUAUCUCAGAUGUUAAAACAAGUGGUUUGGUGCUUUUACAAAAAGAUAAUCUCAGUGCUCUCCUCCUUCCUUGGUAAUGUAAGUGCCUCACAAUUUUUUCUACCUAGAACACUGUAGGAGUAUGUUUUAUAUAAAAUAUACUUUCUCUUUUUAAAAUUAAUAAUAUUCUGCACACAAAUAUUAUCGGUGUUUCUUAAAUUCAGUUGUUUUUAUUAAUCCAGGCAUGUUUUAACUGCACUACUCACCCACUUUCUUCAGGUAAAGGGCAAAAAAUGGUUGAAAAAAUAAUUAUUUAAUCUAGCUGUUUCUAGGCUUUAAUGUUGCCGUGUGCCUUAUGUUGAAAAAUUUUGAAAGGGGAGAUUUUCUUUCCAAGUUAUUUUUUAAUUAUCAUAUAAAUAAGACAGCAGCACUAAAAUUUCAACAGUUUUCAGAAGUAAGCUUUACUAAAAUCUCCACCUUAAUAGUUGAAUGUUGCAGUGUAAAGAAUCUGCUGUUAAAUGCAACAGCAUUUAACUUAAAAUUAACUUAAAAUGAAGAGAAGCAGCGUUAUUUUUAGCUCUUUAAUAAGUAAAGCACCCAUUUCAAUAUGUAUAAAUUCUUUAAAAACUGUUGUAGAUCUAUGAUCCUUUAAGAUGUUGGAAUAUGUUGACUUUAUAAAUUUCACUUAUUAGUACAGUGGAAACUUUUUCUCAUAUUUUGAGGAGUGUUAAGACUGAAUAUAGCAAUGUUUGGUGCAAAGUAUUGGUAUGAGUGAAAAGAAUGGUGCAUUGUAUAGUUUAUAAUGAACAAAAUUAUUUGUAAAAUAUUUUCAGUCUUUCAUUUAAAGAUAGUGCAUACCUUAUACGUAAAUAAUUUGUUUGGGUCUUAACAUAUUUUAUCAGUGUGUCUUUUUAAGAUAGUAAAUAAUGAAUCCAACUUCUUUCAAAAGUUGGCAUUAAGAAAAAGACAAUCAUGCAGUUCUCUUAACUUCUUCAAAUAUUAGGUUGUUUCUAUGAUGUAAUGACCUCUAUUAUCAAUAAGGCAAAUUAGGCUACUAUUUUAACCAUCCUCAGGUGACUUAGAAGUGCCACCAUCUGCCCUUCUUUUAUUUAAAUAUGACAUCUGAAAGGCAUAGGCACAUUUUGCAUGUAUUAUAUAAAUACAUGAUGGAAUCCCACACUGAAAUGUAGUAUUAAAAUACAUUUUUAAUUUUUUUAGUAAAUUAAUGUAUAUAAAAGUGACUUCAGACAAAAUAUCUACAUCAGUUUUAUGCAUUUUCAGACAAAAUUUUGAACCUGUAGAAUCAAUUUAAGAGUUGAAAAUAAUAAAUUUGUCUAAAACAUUUCAUAAUUUAUUUCUAGCAUGAGGUAUCACUAAAGAUUUAGACCAGUGAUCCAGAUUAAUAUUCCCUUUUCACAUUUAAACCUUUCAUUAAAAGUCUUCAUAUAAACUUAGUCUCUUCCACGCGUUACUGAAUGGUUCAGUGGGGGGAAAAAAUAGCCUUUUAAAAUUGUGACUAUAAUGACAAUCAAGUAUACACUUAUAAAAUUUAAACAGCUUAAAGCAAUAUUGUAUAUUUUUAUCUAUAAAAGUAACUAAAAUUUAUCUAAGAAUAAUAAAAUCACAUUAAACCCAAUACACCUUUGUCUGUACUGCUAAGUGCCAGACAAAGGAAGAAUGGUUUGUGUACUGCUGUAUUGAGGGAUUUAUUUUUAGAUGCUGUGCACUUCUGAGGAUGUGGAUGUGCCCCAUUUGAUCUUUUUCCUAUGCCAGGUUGUUCUUACAGUACCUGAAGAUUUACCAGUGUUCCAAUGUAUUACAUAGCUUUCAAUCAUUGCUAUGCACAAACUAGUGUUUUUCAGUAUUACUAAAUUUGAGGUAAAUGUUUUCAUGGGUAUUCUCUCCUUCAAGACGUUAAUGCUUUCAUAUGCCGUGAAUACAUUUUUGUUUAAAAUAUGAUUUAUAAUAUCCUUCCUUAUUAUCAAAAAAUUGUAUACAAUAAUAUAUAUGGUAAUAAAAUAAUCACCAAGUAUGAA